AUGGAUGUUGCAACACUUUCAAAUAAAUUAAAUGAAACAGCUGGUUAUGUAGUUCGACCAAAUUUUGAAGAAAAAUUUCGUUCAACUAAAGUACAAGAAAUUCUUUAUUCUUGUAUUAGUGAUGUUCUUGGGGAUAAAAAAUUUGAACAAGAGGCAUGUCCAGAAUGGACGAAAGCUAUUACAAUUAACAUUCGUGAUCGUCUUAAAGCAGCAAAUAUGAAAUUUGAUCGAUACAAAUUUAUAGUUCAAUGUGUUAUUGGUGAAAAUAGAGGGCAAGGUGUUAAAUAUGGUUGUCGAUGCUUAUGGGAUUCAGAUACAGAUGGUAUGGCUGAAUAUGUUUAUUUAAAUGACAGUCUUUUUUGUGCUGUAGCUGCUUUUGGAAUUUUUUAUUAUUAA